GAUAGUUUAAAGAACAACCGAGCGAUUUAUCGAUUGAAUAUAUAGUUUUAUCCAUCAAUUGUUUUGAAAACUAUCGAAUUAAUUAAUCGAUGGUCCGAAAGUUUUCUAUCGAUAGUAUUGUGGCACCAACUGGUUAACAAAACAACCGAGUACUUUUUAAACUGAAGAGCUUGUGCCAAUAGUUUUUAAAAACAACCGAGUAAAUAGAUAGUUCGAUCAUCACUAGUGUUAUUGUAUUUAUUAUAUUUGUGUCUAUUAUAGUGUACCUACAUAAGUGUGUAUUCAUUUUUCUCGUAGUUCACUUUCAAUUGGUAAAAAAAAAAUAAUAAUAAUAAAUUGACUCUACAAUGACUUAUGCAGAUUUAAUGUUUAAAGUAAAUAUAUAUCUAUUAUACUAUUAUACUACAUAAAAUAUACACGUGUGCUUCCCAAAUCCCAGAAAAACGAAAUAGUAAUGAAUAUAAAGAAAAAUAAAAACAAUAGGUAACGUAUAGAUUUUAUUUACCUUUACAGUUUGAAAGAGAUGGUUUCGUUAUAAUAGACAAUUUUUUGAACGAAAACCAAGUAAUCGAGCUCAAGGAUGCUGGAAAAACAUUCACACAGAACAUACCGAGGGAUGCGAAGAACAUUUUCCAUACAAAUCAAAAGGAUCAGGUAAAUUGUACAAUUUUUAUAUUCAGCGAUGUAGAAGUAAUUUUUUAGUAAGUAUAGUAAAAUAUAAUUUUUCUUGUAAGUGAGUUGAAGGUAAGUAGCGAUAGAAUAUUUGUUGCGACUCGAAGUAGUAAUGAAAAAACCAAAAACACUGAAGUUCAACAAUUAGUACCUAACUAAUACUCCAAAAAAGUAUUUAUUCUCAUAAAAUUUGUGUAAAGCUUUAUUGUCAGCAAACAUACGCCUCUUCAGAAAAUUGGUAAUCUUCAAUUAAAAUUAUUUUUGGGAAAGUAUACAUCAAGAGAAAUCCCUAGCGAACAUAUUUUGAACAUUUUAUGUAAAAAACCAAAUGUAUAAGUACCUAAUUAUAUAAUAUAUAUCCCAACAAAAACCUUCAGUCAACUACUAGUAAAACCUCGCUAAGAAAAAAAAAACUCAAGUUAGAAAAUUUGUGAUAAAGAGGCUAAGUAAUUUUAAAUUAAUUAAUAUAGAAAUUGUAUACAAUUGUUUGCAUUUGAUGAAGUGCGAUAAUUUAAUAUAAAUAAUUAAACUUAGCUUGCCGGCUACUUAUAUUUACGACUAAAAAUAAACAUACAAUGCAGGCAUGAAUAUUUACAUAAUUAUCUUAUAAUCAUUAAUAUACUUUAACUCCCGCUCCCCUCCCCCGAAAAAAACGCAUCCACACCCCUGCACAUCGUACGUGAGCGACUUUAUUCAAUUUAUUAUGUACCUACCUGUAACCUGUGGGUACCUACCUAAUAUCUAUGUAUAACGUGUAGAUUUUCAAUUCUUACUUUUUGGAAAGCGCCGAGAAAAUCGGCUAUUUUUUCGAAAAAGACGCGUUGGACGAUAACGGACAACUUUUGAUGGACCAAUCGUUAGCCCUGAACAAGGUCGGGCACGCUCUGCACAGGUUGCACCCAGUAUUCGAGAAGUGUACGUACAGCGAAAAAGUGGCGAGCGUGUGCCGAGCGUUGGGCCUGGUGAAGCCAGUAGUGCCACAGAGUAUGUACAUCUACAAAAACCCAGGAGUGGGCAGUGAAGGUGUGUAUCCCAAUAGAAAAGUACCUAUAUAGCCAACCAACGAUAUUUUAGCGAUAUAAUUAAUAAUAAACUAUUAUUAUUUUAUUGUAAUUGUAUACCUUUAGGUACCUAUACCGGGCUAUAGGCUGGAACCCGAUUGAGCACAGUUGCAAUUAAACAAUAUAAACCCAAAAUACCCCCAAAAAAUACACGAUUGAGCACGAAAAUAGGUGCGACAUUGUCACUUUGUACCGUAGAAUAUUAUUAUUAAAAAAUAAAAUACAUUUGAACCUUGAAUAUUUAUAAAUAAAAAUCUUUUAUUGGUUUUUAAUCACAUAUUAAGACAGCGUUUGCUGGGUUAGUUAGUUUAGUAUAUAUUACAAUCAAAAUUUGUUCCCCUAAAUACCGAAUAUAUAUGAAAAAAAUAAAAUAAAUAAAAAUAAAAAAGGUUGUUGUACAAUCAUUUUUUGUACUUCGCCAUUUCAACAAUUCACCUCUUUUUCUUGACCCAAUAAACCUGUACUUGAAAACUCCAACAUUUGCCAACUGUGCCUCUCUCAGAUCAAAUAAUUUAUAUUUCAUUAUUUUCUAUUAUAAAAAUCGUAAAAUUUGCAAAAUACACAGUAUUUUUGAAGGAACACGAGCACGAGACAAUAGAACAAACUGACCGUGACCAUUAAGUCUUAUUUACAGCAUAGUCCGUAGGUAUACAUACAUACAAUAACAGUUAAUUACAAUUUAGUGCAAUUGUUGUAGAUAAAAUUCUAGUUUUCUAUCUAUCUUAGUUAUUUUCAACUUCCGUGGGUACCCAACGAACGAUAGCAAAAUUUUUUCGACAAAAAAAUGUUAGUUACCUAUUAGUAAUCUACACAACAUACGUAGGGACUAGUGAAAAUCUGACAAAGUUGUCAAAACUCAUUUUAAAUCAUCUCUCUUAUUUAAAUAAAUUAUUUCUAUGUAAAAUGACCAAUUAAACUGUUGAAUUUAAAAACUUAAAUUGCUAAUAAAAAAGUUAGGCUCCUCCCUUAAAGAGGGUUUCUCCAUCAUUUUUUAUGUACUCUCGUAUGACGCCGGCCGAUAGGUUCUCCCGAAUACAUUGUAUAUAGACAGGUACUUGUAUUUUUAACCACGGAGAUACACAUUUUUUUUCAUUAACUACUUGUCCACAGUUGUCCCACACCAAGACUCCACUUUCUUAUUCACGACGCCGGAUACAUUGAUUGGAUUUUGGUUGGCUCUGGACGACGCAACGGUGGAAAACGGUUGCUUGUGGAUAAUACCCGGCUCGCACAAGAAUGACUUGCAUAAAAUGUGGGUCUUUGAUAACAAUGCGGAAGGACGAGAAGCCAAUUUCCAGGGAACGUUCCCGGAAUACGACAAGGGGUUGUACGUUCCGGUUGAAGUGAAGAAAUGUAAAGCGUUUUACGAUAAAAAAAAUAUGGUGUGCGCUUAAAGGGACGUGAUACAUGCUUGUGUUGUUUCCGUCUUAGGUAUACAGACUUAAGGCGUAGACAAUUUGCAUUUAGUAGAGGAGACAACUUUGUGCUGUUAGUUUAAUAUUAUAGUGAAUUGAUCUAUACUUAAACUUGAAGGUAAGUGACAUUAUCUGUGCAACCAUACAUACGUAUGUGUUUUCCAUUACCUUUUAUUAAUAUUUAUGUGAAAUAUGAGUAUGGGAAUUAUCACAAUUUAAAAAAAAAACCAUUGCUCUAAAACGAACUAAAUGAUAAAUAUGAAAAUGUAUUAUUAAAUAUUCUAUUAUUUAUAUGGAGGAAUAUAUGAACAAAAGUUGUUGGUAUGUGGCGUUUUUUCCGAAAGCUAUGUAGGGUUAAAAGGGAUAACAUCGUAAAAUUAUACCACAGAUUAUUAAUUGUAGACGGCAUAGGAACAAACGUUGUAUGAGGCGUUUUUCGAUAUUUCAAUGUAUUUUCCAGAAAUACACAUGGACUGAAAACUAUUUUCCAUCCUUUUUUAAAACAGAAAUUCUGAUUAUUGAUUAGGUAAUGUAUUAUCAUCUAAAAUAUGAGCACAUGUAAAAUUUCAAGUCGAUUGGAAGCUUAUAUAUUUCGCUUAUUAAUUAAAAUACCAAAAAACACCUAAUUACCUACGAGGUUGCACAGUUUAAUGAUAGAUCAAUUUACCCUGAUACUAAAAAUUUAAAUCCAAGAGCAUAGUGUUGUCUAUUAUUCCGGCUGAACGAAAAUUUGUUAUACCCUACAUUUUGUAAAACGGAGAUAGAACUUGUGGGUAUCACGUCCUCUUAACCGAUAUUACUUAAUAAAAUUAAUUAUGUAUGUUGUUUUGUUUUUGAAGCCAGCCUCGUGUUGCUACACGGCAAGGUGGUCCAUAAAAGUGAUCAUAAUAAGUCGCAAAGGUCGCGUCACGCGUACACGUUUCACGUGUUCGACGAAAUGGUCAGUCAGUAUGCUAAACACAAUUGGUUACAGACGAAAACUGGAUUCAAGCCCGUGUAUUCAUAACAAAAAUAUUGAAAAAUCUAUUUUAUAUUGUGUUUUAUGUCUGUUCAUGGUAUUUAUUCUAAAAUGUAUUUUCUUAUGUAUUUAAUAUUAGAAAUAAAGGACUUGCUUGUAAAUCUGUUAAAUAAAUAAAUAAAUAUUAAGAUAGACUGUGUAUU